UUGUCUUUUUCUUGUAUAUCAAUUCUUUAGCUUGUCAAAAUGCCGUUGUCACAUUGUAUUCUUUUCUUACAUGUACAUGUACAUGUACGUAUUUUUAUGUAUGUAUAUGCAGAGAGAUAGUGUUGUCCCUCUUCUUUUAUUAUCAAAAGAUUAUGGAAUUUGAAUUUCAUGAUUUUUAACUGCAAGACAUCUGUAACGCUGGAUGAGUGAAUGGGCCAUUAUGUUGAUAACUAAGAACACUUGUUGGUAGGAGGUUUUCAAAAUUCAUCAUUUGUCACCACUAGUUGGUGUUCAUUUAUCACAAUACUUAAUUAUAGGAUUUUAGAUAAUCACCACUGCAAUUACAGUACUCUUUGUCGCCAUUAAGGAGAUAUCUUCCUUUCCCAUGGAUUGGUGUCAUAAUGAAAGUUUUAGAAGUGCAGAUGCACUUAGUACUGCGGCAGAAACUGACGAGGAAGAACUUGAUUUCUCAAAGGUAGAUAAGCCAAGGGGUUUAGAAAGAUGCAAAUCAUGUGAAGUACGAUCACUAAGUGAACUAGCCAAAGUUUCUGAGAACUCUUCUCACCCGGUAGAGCAUCUUGAAAAUGCAGUUUCUCUUCUGCCAAAAUCAAUUACAAAUACCCCAGGAGCACUGGUAUUGGAUCCACAUCCACACUUACAUUCACAUCCAAUAGUAUCUGAAGGUUGGGAAGCUCUGAGACGUUCCUUGGUAUAUUUUCGUGGUCAGCCAGUUGGUACAAUUGCUGCUUUGGAUAGUUCUGAUGAGAAAGUUAACUAUGAUCAGGUGUUUGUAAGAGACUUUGUUCCUAGUGCUUUGGCUUUUCUGAUGAACGGGGAACCUGACAUAGUAAGAAAUUUUAUCUUAAAGACCCUUCGCCUUCAAUCAUGGGAGAAAAAGAUUGAUAGAUUCCACCUAGCAGAAGGAGUGAUGCCAGCAAGUUUUAAAGUAUUCCAUGAUCCAGUCAGAAACCGUGAGACCCUGAUAGCAGACUUUGGUGAAAGUGCAAUAGGCAGGGUUGCUCCUAUUGAUUCUGGAUUUUGGUGGAUUAUAUUACUUCGUGCUUACACAAAGUCUACAGGAGACACUUCCUUGGCUGAACUUCCUGAAUGUCAGAAGGGCAUGCAUUUGAUUUUGAAUUUAUGCCUUUCAGAGGGAUUUGACACAUUUCCAACUCUACUAUGUGCUGAUGGAUGCUGUAUGAUUGAUCGCAGAAUGGGUGUUUAUGGUUAUCCAAUUGAGAUUCAAGCACUUUUCUUCAUGGCUUUAAGGUGUGCCUUGCAAUUGCUGAAGCAAGACACCGAGGGAAAAGAGUUCAUGGAACGAAUUGCCAGACGCUUGCAUGCCUUAAGCUAUCAUCUGAGAAGCUAUUUUUGGUUGGACUCGAAGCAACUUAACGAUGUGUAUCGCUUCAAAACAGAAGAGUACUCACAUACAGCAGUGAACAAGUUUAAUGUCAUUCCUGAUUCUCUACCAGAUUGGAUAUUUGAUUUCAUGCCUCUUAAUGGUGGUUACUUUGUUGGGAAUGUGAGUCCUGCUAGGAUGGAUUUCCGUUGGUUUUGCCUUGGUAAUUGCAUAGCAAUUUUGUCCAGCUUGGCUACUCCUGAGCAAUCCAUUGCAAUCAUGGAUCUCAUUGAAUCUCGCUGGCUGGCAUUAAUUGGGGAGAUGCCUCUAAAAGUUUGUUAUCCUGCCCUUGAAAAACAUGAGUGGCAGAUCAUAACAGGUUGUGACCCCAAAAACACUAGAUGGAGCUACCACAAUGGAGGAUCUUGGCCAGUUCUUUUAUGGCUUCUUGCUGCUGCCUCUAUCAAGACCGGACGACCCCACAUUGCAAAACGUGCCCUUGAAAUUGCUGAAACUAGAUUGGUGAAGGACAACUGGCCCGAAUAUUAUGAUGGAAAGCUUGGUCGUUACAUUGGGAAGCAGGCACGUAAAUCCCAAACUUGGUCCAUUGCUGGUUACUUGGUGGCUAAGAUGAUGUUGGAGGAUCCUUCACAUUUGGGUAUGGUGGCAAUAGAGGAUGACAAACACCAAAAGCCUGUGCUCAGAAGAUCAAAUUCAUUGUAAGUAAUCCAUAAAAGGAAGAAGGGCAAGGUGCAUUAUGCCAGGCAUCGCUAAUUCCUUUGUUCUAGAGCUGAAGUUCUUAGAGAAACACAAUAUUGUUUUUAGGAAUUGCAUGAAUUUCUUACUUCUUAGUGGAUGAUAUGUACAACUAGAUUUCGAGCGCCAAAUGCCUUGUUUCAACAAUUUAGAUUGCGAUUAUUAAGACACAAAAUCACACACAAAUUGUGUGAGAUACAGUUAUAUCAUUCAUUCUGCCAUCUAAUGCUUAUCAAUUCUGCAUCAUCCUUUUAUGUUAAGUAGAAUAGACUACAUAC